CGGAUCAAAAAAAUACAGUAUACUCCAAAAAAUCAAGCUUUCCCUUUUCUCUGCUAUCAAGCUGGAGUUCAAAAUUGCUCCUCUCUCUCUCUCUCUCUCUCUCUCUCACUCUCUCAUCCGAAGCAGCAACAGCUUGUUGGUUUUAGAAUAGGGAAAGCUUCUUUGUGACGCCCGACAAUUGUAUUGUUCGAAAUCUUCGAUUGUCUUCGGGCGAAUGAAAAGAAUUAACUGAAGCAGACAUAGAAACAGACCUAUACAUACAUACAUACAGAGAGAGAGAGAGAGAGAGAGAGAGAGAGAGAGAGAGAGAGAGGAUGGGGGUGAGGAAGGUUGGGAAGUACGAAGUGGGGAGGACGAUCGGGGAAGGUACGUUUGCAAAGGUGAAGUUCGCUCAGAACACAGAGACUGGGGAGAGUGUGGCCAUGAAAGUUCUCGAUCGCAGCACCAUCGUUAAGCACAAGAUGGUCGACCAGAUAAAAAGGGAGAUAUCUAUAAUGAAGCUUGUCAGACAUCCAAAUGUUGUUCGUCUGCAUGAGGUUCUGGCGAGUCGCACGAAGAUCUACAUAAUCUUGGAAUUUAUAACAGGUGGUGAACUGUUUGAUAAAAUAGUUCACCGUGGACGACUCAGUGAAGCUGAAGCCAGGAAAUAUUUCCAACAACUUAUCGAUGGUGUGGACUAUUGCCACAACAAGGGAGUCUACCAUAGAGAUUUGAAGCCGGAAAAUCUUUUACUAGAUUCUCAGGGAAAUCUAAAAAUUUCAGAUUUUGGGCUUAGUGCGUUGCCUGGAGAUGGAGUCAGCCUCCUUCGAACGACUUGUGGCACUCCUAAUUAUGUUGCGCCAGAGGUACUGAGUCACAAGGGUUAUGAUGGUGCUGUGGCUGAUGUUUGGUCUUGUGGGGUCAUCCUGUAUGUUCUGAUGGCUGGAUAUCUCCCAUUUGAUGAACUUGAUCUCACUACGUUGUAUAGUAAGGCAUGAAACGCAGAAUAUUCUUGUCCGUCGUGGUUUCCAGUAGGAGCAAAAUCUUUAAUACAACGAAUUUUGGAUCCAAAUCCUGAAACUCGUAUUCGAAUUGAAGAGAUUAGGAAUGAUGAAUGGUUUAAAAGGGGUUAUGUUCCUGCCAAACUUAUUGAAUACGAAGAUGUUAACCUGGAUGAUGUUGAUGCUGUUUUUGAUGAUCCUGAGGAAGACCGGGUCGAUGAGCAGUACACAAAUGCAGAUUUGGGUCCUCUGACUCUUAAUGCAUUCGACCUAAUUAUCCUUUCUCAAGGGUUAAAUCUUUCAUCGCUGUUUGACCGUCGGCAGGACUCUGUGAAGCAUCAAACCCGCUUUGUUUCACAGAAACCGGCUAAAAUGGUUUUGUCAAGUAUGGAAGUUGUUGCACAAUCAAUGGGUUUCAAGACACAUAUCCGUAACUAUAAGAUGAGGGUGGAAGGCCUUUCAGCAAAUAAGACUUCACACUUUUCAGUAAUUUUGGAAGUAUUUCAAGUUGCUCCUACAUACUUCAUGGUUGACAUUCAAAAAGCAGCUGGAGAUGCUAGUGAAUACCAUAAGGCCAGUUGCUCAUUUUUUGUAGUUCCUAGAUGCGUUUCAAUGCCAAAACAGGACGUUUCAUACAAAACUUGUUUUCAUAUUUUUGUAGCUUGACCUUCUUGCUUGACAUCAUUGCUGUGAUAUAUUCCGCCCGCCCUUCAUGAUUUGUUGUUGUUCUUCUUCUUCUGUUUUUUUGGUUAAGGAAAUAUAUGGUUACUUUGCUUUUUGAGACUCAUAUAAUUGAGUCUCACUUUUUCCAUGUUUCAGUUUUACAAGAACUUUUGUGACAAUCUCGAGGACAUUAUUUGGAAGCCGUCUAAUGAAUUGGCCAAACCAAGGAUUAGCAAGAGUAGGAGCAAAAGGCGUUAAUUCAGUUCUCCGCAUCACUAACAGGUAAGGCAACUUUCUGUUCUUACACAGGACGAUCCAUCUCGUUUCGAUACUGCUCUCAAUUGGGGUUACCUUACCCAAUUGGCCGCAAUCUCCACCCUCUUGACAAACAAAACAAAAAACAGUUCCCACUUUUUUUUAUGAAUACUGAGUGUUGCAGAAAUCCCUUUUAAGUGGAGUUUUCACAAGUGUUACCGUUGUAAUGUUAUUUUGUAGUUUGAAAUGUAUGAGAGGACAAGAUAAAAAAAAAUAAAAAUGUAUGAGAGGACAAUAAUGUCAUUCGACUUAGGUUAGUUGAAGUGAAGCUUUUAUUAUUAUUUAUUAUAAUUUUGUUUCUUCAUCAUCC